AUGGCUCGGAUAGGUGUCUACCUAGUCACACCUGGUUACAUCGAUGGACUAACCGUCAAAACCACCACGGGAACUUACACAGGCCUUGUCAACGACACCACCCCCGACGUGGGCCAAUGGCUCGGAAUCCAGUACGGCGUAGCCCCCGUGGGCGAACGACGCUUCCUGCCCGCGGAGAAGGCGCCCGACCUCGGCGAGACGGACGCGAAGGACUACAAACCGAUCUGUAUCCAGCAGAGUGGGAACAAGACGGACGUCUUUUGGGGGCUCAUCAAGGAAUUCCAGAAUGCUGAUGAGCAGAGCGAGGACUGCUUGUACCUCAAUGUGUGGGCGCCGAAGAAGCCUAAGAAGGAAAAGUUGCCUGUUAUUGUGUGGGUUUGUGGUGGUGGGUUUAGGGAGGGGGGUGGGCAUGCGCCGUAUCAGGUUCCGGAUCAGUGGAUUCAGCGGACGCAGACGCAUUUGGUGGUGACGUUCAACUACCGCCUCAACGUCUUUGGCUUCCCAGGUUCGCCGGCCGCAGACCAGAACGCCGGUUUCACCGACAUCAGACUUGUCAACGAGUGGGUGCGGGACAACAUCGCGGGCUUUGGAGGUGAUCCCGACCGCGUCGUCCUCUACGGCCAGUCAGCAGGUGGCAACGCCGUCGCCUCGUACGGCUACGCGUACCCCGAAGACCCCAUCGUUACCGGCCUCAUCGCCUCGUCGGGCAGUGUCGGCGCGACCAACUCGGCCAACAACUCUGCCUUCCACGACCUGGCACAGGUGGUGGGCUGUGCGAACCUGACCUCGACCGAAGAGCUCGCGUGCAUGCAGAAGGUCGACGCGCUGGAACUGCAGAAGUAUGUCGAGGGCAUCAAGACUCAGGCGUUCAAGGGCUCGUUCCGGCCUAUUGCUGAUGGCGUGACUGCUUUUCCGAAUAAUACGGAGCGGUUGGAGAAGGGGUUGAUUGCUAAGAUUCCCAUGAUCACCGGUUACAACUUCAACGAAGGGGCGGCCUUCCUACCGUUUGACCCUGAUGCUACCGCGCCGCCCGCAGGGGGGGGUAUUCCAGGGGGCAAUGGGUUGGGAUGUGGUGUUGUGACCGAGGCAAAUGCCCGCGCUUCCCACGGUUUGAGGACCUACCAGUAUCUCGUUGCGGGCAACUUCUCCAACAUCACGCCUCGGUACUGGCUCGGCGGCAUGCAUAGCUCCGAGAUCCCCCUCGUGUUCGGCACACACUUCGAGUUCCGCGGUAACUCGACCGAGUUCGAGUGGCAGACCAGCUACGCAAUGGAAGCCUACUGGGUCUCCUUCGCAGCCAACUCAUCCGCCGCGCCAGUCGACCACCUCGGUCAGCCGUGGCCCGAAUAUUCCACGGCCGACGACGGCCAGGUUGUCGUGUUUGGUAAUGCGACUGUCCCCGGCGGAGCGUCGUAUGCUGAGCUGGCUUCUGUCGCGAAUCAGUACUCGGGGUGUUAG